AAAAUAAUAUGAAUAUUGUAGUGUAGCAGUGGACUUCGUCUUCAAAUCUUAGCUGUAUGAAGUGAUUGGUUGGUUCCAUUUGUAUCCCAUUAAUUCAAACGCGGCUUUCUCUUCUUCUUCAUCAUCAUAUUCUUCUUCUUCUUCCUCUCAACUGUCAAUCCUCUUCCAAUGGAGUUUCUGAAGCCAAUUCUCUUUGCUUUCAUACUUUCUUCAUCAACAAUCCCUAUUCUUUCCUUUUCCCAUUUCUCUCCCAUCGAUCACUAUCUCGUCGACUGUGGGUCAACCCUAAAGUCCACCGUCGAUCAUCGCAUCUUCCUCUCCGAUUCCUCCCCUUCAAAUUCACCAUUUCUCUCUUCUCCCCGCUCUUUCUCCCUCAGAAAUGAACACCCAUUUCAGGGUUUGCCCCCGAUUUACAGUUCAGCUCGGGUUUUCGAGGUGCCAUCCAAGUACGAGUUUCAGAUCAGAGACAAAGGCACACAUAUGGUACGUCUCCAUUUCCAAACUUUUAGUUCUUCCAAUUUGGAUCUCAUUCGUGCUCAAUUUCACGUUCUGGUUAAUGGGUAUGUGAUUUUGAGUAAUUUUAGUGGGGUCUCUGCUGUAAACCCUAGAAUCAAGGAGUUUCUUAUCUGGAUUGAAACUGAAACUCUCGAAAUUACCUUCGUCCCUGUUAAGAAAUCGAAUUUCGCUUUUGUUAACGCGAUUGAAGUUAUCUCUGCACCUAAAGAUCUUGUUGCUGAUUCUGCAAAAUAUUUGAGUUAUGAACGUAGUGAAGAUGUUAAUGGGUUGUCCAAGGAAGGGCGUGAAGUCUUGUAUAGAGUCAAUGUUGGAGGGCCUAAGGUGACUCCCUUUAAUGAUUCUUUCUGGAGAACUUGGGUUCCUGAUGAUGAACACUUUGAAUCAACUGAGGGAUCAAAGAAAGUGUAUUCUAGUGGAAGAAUUAAGUAUCAGGAAGGUGGAGCAAGUCGUGAAGUUUGUCCUGAUAAUGUCCAUAACUCUGCCCGAGUGAUCAAGAGUACUAAUUCUUCAAUUCCAAACACGAAUAUGACAUGGACCUUCCCGGCUAUUGAUGGAUACAAUUACCUUGUUCGCUUGCAUUUUUGUGAUAUUGCAAGUAUGUCAAUUGGUUUUCUGUUUUUCAAUAUCUAUGUUAACGGGUACAUGGCAUACGAGAAUUUCGAUCUCUCAACCGCUACAAAUUGGGAACUUUCUACGGCGUUCUAUGUCGAUUUCAUGGUCAGUGGUGAUCAAGAAGGGGUUCUUAGAAUUGGUAUCGGAAGCUCUAACCAGAGUGUUCCAUAUGCUAUAGAUGGUCUUCUAAAUGGAAUUGAGAUUAUGAAGUUGAAUAACUCUUUUGGUAGCUUUGCUGGUAACCUGUCUGCGGAUAUGGUUUUGAAGAGAUGUCAAGGAAACACUGUUAAUUUAGUUCCUUAUAUAGUGAUUCUGUGUUUGAUCGUAACUGUGUCGCUGAUGUUCCGUCAGAAGGUAAUCGGGAGGGACGAUUCUUUCUCGUGGUCGAAACUGCCCGUGGUGGAUAGUUGGAAAGUUAAAUCUAGCAUGGGAAUAGUCAAUUCCUAGUUAAAGCCUGUUCAAACUUAAGGUUACAUAAAAUUUUAUUCAAUGUCUAAAUAUAGAAGUUGGUGGAGGAGUUAUUGUAUUUGAAAGCCAGUAAACUAAAUAGAAAUCUGUAACAUAAAGUUUCUUUUGAAUGUUAAGUUUGUUUCUUUAGUCUUUGUGAUACAUUGUUGUUAUCUGUAAUGAUUCUAUGGAAGUUAUUGAGAGAAAACAAUCUGAAGGAAUUGGCAUAUCCAUGUAUACUUGUAAAGUUCUUUCAUUCUCUUUUCAUAUUGGAUCUUUAGACAAAAAGCACCCUUGAUUAUGUU